GAGUUAUUCAUUACAAAAUUUAAUCAAACUUGAUAUUGAAUAUUCAAAAUAGCAUUUCCAUAAAAUCUGAUUUUUUUGUUGAAAUAUCAAUCAAUCAUUUAUUAAUAUGUACGCAUACGUAAUUACAUGAAAUAAAAUUUUAGAUUUAUCGAUUUAUCGAUUGUUCGUUCACAGCUCGUGAACGAAACGUAAACUUCAUUGUAGUAAACAGUGUUGAGAAACCACAUGGUUAACUUUACAUCGAUUUUAAAUUGUAUUAUUAAAUCAUCUGUAUUUUUCGAAAAUGUAUUCGAAAGACAACUAUGAUAUUUAUGUAGGUGGCAAAUCAGGCGUUUUCAAAGGUGUACAAAUAAACAAAGAACAAUGUGUAAUGCAAAACAUACAAAAUUUAGUAUCUAUAACACACAAUGACAGUGUCACAACAAUCUCAUGGGGUGAUGAUGUUGAAAAAGAAAUUUUGAUUGCCUGUGGGACGAAAGAAAUUAGGAGCGUAAAGGUCUAUGAUACCGAAUGUUCAACAUUUACUUGUUCAUUUUUCUGUAAUGUUGGUACAGGAAAAAUAAAUGGCAUAUCAAGAUACGAUGAAGCUAUUCUGACUGCAGUCGAGUCUGGAGAAGUAAAGCUAUGGCGAUUCGAUGACGAAGAUGGAGUUAUAAUAAAUGCUGGUAAAAAUUUAGAGAGAAUGCGUCACUCCAAAAUAAAUAAAAAUAUAAUAGCUACUGGUGGCAACGAGAAUAUAUUAAAAUUAUUCGAUUUAAAUAGACAAGAGAAAGUAUUCACAGCAAAACGUCUACCCAAUGAUUGGUUAAAUUUGCCAGUGGGUAUUUGGAUUUCUGAUAUUGAAUACCUUCCUGGCACAGAGCAAGUCGUCACAGUUGGCAAAUAUGGACAUGUACAAUUAUAUGACCCAAAAUCACAGAAAAGACCUGUUAUAAAUUUGGAAGUCAAAGAUGAAGCGUUCACAACUUUAGCUGUUACAUUGAGAGAAAAACAAAUUAUAGUAGGAUCUGGUAAAGGUAAAAUGAAUCUCGUAGAUUUGAGAAAACCAGCUAAAGUAUUGAAUACAUACAAAGGAUCUGUUGGUGCUGUAACUGGUAUAGCUUGCAGUACAACAGAACCUUAUCUUGUUAGUGUUAGUUUAGAUAGGUAUUUACGAAUACAUCAUAUGAAUACGAAGAAAUUAUUAAAAAAGAUUUAUUUAACUUCAAGGAUGUCAUGUAUGUUGCUGCGUUCAGAUUUUUCAUUGCCAGAAGGUACUUCGAUGACUAAAAAUGUUGAACAAAUAUGUAGCGAGAGAAAUAGUACAAACCAAUGUCUCCAGUUAUUUCAAGAAAAUAUGACUCUAAGAAAAGAAAAUCACAUUAAUAGUGAGUGUAAAUAAUUAUAAGAAGACAUUGAUGGUUUACGUGAGAGUAGAUCCAUGCAUAAGUCAUAAAUAAGAUUAGUUACUACAUUUUAUAAAUCCGAAAUCUUUCAAAUAAAUCAUAGAUGCAUAACUUGUAUGAAAGAAUGUAUAUAUAUACAUAUUAUUACUUUACCUGCAGAAUUCUUGAAAAAUAGGAUUGUCAACGAUUGUCUUACAUCAAAAACAGUUUGAAAAUUUUGCUCCAUAUAAUAAUCUUAAAAUAAAUUAAAUUUACGACGUAA